UGACACUUCCGGUAUAAUGUCAGUUCGCAACAAGUUGUGGUGGUUGGUAGUCGUGAUUUGAGUGUGGAAAUGAUUCCAGUUGUGCAAUACAGUUGAGAACUAGAGAUGUCUAAAAUAUUCACCCCUACCAACCAAAUUAGGUUAACAAAUGUUGCAGUAGUUCGAAUGAGAAAAGGUGGCAAGAGAUUUGAAAUUGCAUGUUAUAGGAAUAAAGUUGUAUCUUGGAGAAAUAAAAUAGAAACAGAUAUUGAUGAAGUGCUGCAGACACACACUGUGUUUACAAAUGUAUCAAAAGGUCAGGUAGCAAAAAAGGAAGAUCUUCUUAAGGCUUUUGGGAAAGAUGAUCAGACAGAGGUGUGUAAGGAAAUUCUAGCCAAGGGUGAACUUCAGGUAUCUGAUAAGGAAAGGCAGUCACAACUUGAAUCACUGUUCAAGGACAUUGCAACAACAGUUUCAGACAAAUGUGUAAAUCCUGAAACAAAAAGGCCUUAUCCUGUGUCUAUGAUUGAAAAGGCAAUGAAGGAUGCCCACUUUUCUGUCAAACCAAACAGGAAUGCCAAACAACAGGCUUUGGAUGUAAUACCUUUAUUGAAAUCAACUAUGCCAUUGGAGCGAGCUCAGAUGAGAAUACGUGCAGUGCUGUCUGGGAAAGAUGCUCGAAAACUCCGCGACAAGGUUGCAAAACUAGCCACCAGUGUUGAAAGUGAAGAUUGGGAUGGUGGGCAACUAAACAUGGUUUGUUUGAUAGACCCUGGACAUUAUCGUGAAGUAGAUGAAAUUGUACGUACAGAAACUAAAGGACAUGGACUCUUGGAGCUGAUGAACCUUAAAGAGGUAACAGAAGGUGAAGAGAUAUUGGAAUAAGAAACCGAAAAAAAGAAGAAGUUAUGUUUAACGGCAGUUUAAUUAAGAUUUAAAUUAUUAGAAACAUGAAUAAUAUUCUGCACAAUAAUUAUUUCACAGUGAAUAAAUACUGUACAUGUU